AACGGCGAAAACAAAGCCUAAAAUAAAGUAUGCGGAGGGGUUACUUACUAGUAGUUAGUAGAGUACAACUUCACCUACUCUGUUUGCUUAAUAAUCUCCGCGAAGAUCUGAGUUUUGGCCUUCCCAGUUUUCCUGUCUUUUUCCCCCAAAUCUACUGCUUCUCUAACGCACGAUUUCCCCCAUGGCUGCCGUCGCCGCUGUUUCUCACCUUUCUAACGGCGAACUCUCGACCUCCGCUAAGCCUCUCAACACCGGUCGUUUCCAUUCUGUUUACAGUGAAGUUCAGAGCAGCCGUCUCGAUCACGCUCUUCCUCUCCCUUCCGUCCUUCGCAAACCCUUCCAAGUCGUCGACGGUCCUCCCAGCUCCGCCGCCGGCAAUCCAGAUGAGAUAAAAAAGCUAUUUCCCUACUUGUUUGGGCAACCAUCAGCUGUUCUGGUGCCUGGCGAAGCUGAGAAUGUAACAAAAAGCUUGAAGGUUGGUGUGGUACUGUCAGGUGGUCAAGCUCCUGGAGGACAUAAUGUCAUUUCUGGAAUAUAUGAUUACUUGCAGGAUCGCUGCAAAGGAAGCACACUGUAUGGAUUUAAGGGUGGACCUGCGGGAAUUAUGAAGUGUAAAUACACAGUGUUAAACUCGGAGUACAUUUACCCAUAUAGGAAUCAGGGUGGAUUCGACAUGAUCUGUAGUGGUAGGGACAAGAUUGAGACUCCUGAACAGUUUAAGCAAGCUGAAGAAACAGCAAUAAAGCUUGAUCUGGAUGGGCUUGUUGUGAUUGGAGGUGAUGACUCGAAUACAAAUGCAUGUCUCUUAGCUGAAAACUUCAGGAGCAAAAAUCUGAAAACUCGAGUGAUUGGAUGUCCAAAAACAAUUGAUGGUGACUUGAAAUGCAAAGAGGUUCCAACCAGUUUUGGUUUUGAUACUGCUUGCAAGAUAUAUGCUGAAAUGAUUGGAAACGUUAUGGUUGAUGCUCGAUCAACUGGGAAGUACUAUCAUUUUGUACGGCUUAUGGGCCGUGCUGCUUCCCAUAUCACUUUGGAGUGUGCUUUGCAAACUCAUCCAAACAUUACUCUUAUCGGAGAAGAGGUUGCAGCUAAGAAGCAGACCCUGAAAAAUGUCACGGACUAUAUUGCUGAUAUCAUAUCAAAACGUGCCGAACUUGGAUACAAUUAUGGGGUGAUACUCAUUCCUGAAGGGUUAAUUGAUUUUAUUCCCGAAGUCCAGCAGCUCAUUGCAGAGCUUAAUGAGAUUUUGGCUCAUGAGGUUGUUGAUGAAGCCGGUGUUUGGAAAAAUAAACUUACUCCCCAGUCUUUGCAGCUUUUUGAACUCUUACCUCCAGCAAUUCAGGAACAAUUGAUGCUUGAGAGAGAUCCACAUGGGAAUGUGCAGGUCGCCAAAAUUGAGACAGAGAAAAUGCUAAUUCAAAUGGUUGAGACCGAGUUGGAGCAUAGGCGACAGGCUGGUUCAUACAAAGGUCAAUUUAAAGGACAAUCACACUUUUUCGGUUAUGAAGGAAGAUGUGGGUUGCCUUCAAAUUUUGACUCUACAUAUUGUUAUGCAUUGGGUUAUGGUGCUGGAGCUCUGCUUCAAAGCGGCAAGACGGGGUUGAUAUCAUCGGUGGGGAACUUGGCUGCUCCAGUUGAAGAAUGGACCGUGGGAGGCACAGCUCUGACUUCACUAAUGGAUGUUGAGAGGAGACAUGGUAAACUAGUUACCAGGCCUUAGUCUGUUGUCCCAUAAUCAAAGGUUCUGGGGAGUUUGGGUUUGAGAGGGUGGGGGAAUGGAUUUUGAAUGCUAAACUGGUUCGUUCUGGAUUUUGUAGGUAAGUUCAAGCCUGUCAUAAAGAAAGCAAUGGUGGAACUUGAAGGUGCACCAUUCAAGAAAUUUGCUUCUCUUCGGGAAGACUGGGCAAUCAACAACAGAUACCUCUCCCCUGGUAUCAUUUAUUUUACAGCUUGAAUUUUCUUUUAUUCAAGGAUAUAUAUUUAACCCUGGCAUUGACGCAGAGUUAUACUUCUCUAACCAGUCCAGUGCGUUCACAGAAAAGAUAGUAAUUUCACCCUAGAAUUUAUCAAUAUUUCAGCUGUGAACUUCCAUUUUGCUCAUCCUUCCAUGAUCUAUUACGACAGGACCCAUCCAAUUUGUUGGCCCAGUAGCUGACCAGGUUAAUCACACAUUAUUAUUGGAACUUGGUGCCGAAUCUUAAGUUCGAGGAUCCAAAUGUCGUUUAUCCCUGAGAGGAACUGUGACAAAACCAUGAUAUAUGCACGCGAUCCCCUUUUUAUCGCCAAAGUGAAUUUUGUUUGCCUCUUUUUUUCCCUUUUCCUUUUUCUUCUUCCCUUGUGAAGCAUCGAGUGACUGGACUUGGAUUUUUGACCUUCGGGGGAAAAUUUAUAUUUCUGGUUAAUCCAUUAGAAUGAUGAGGAUUUUUAUCUUUGUGGGACUAGAGUCCAUCCUCCCUUUUUUAGGCGCUUUUCUUGUAUGCCCAUGGACAUUGUCGAUUCUAAAGAUCUUGAGGGCUUUCAAUUUUAAUGGCCUUUUAAGCUCUAUUAUUGACCUUCAUGUGAUAUCCUUAUCGACAACGCAAAGAUUUACAGA